CGAUAUUCUGGACUAUCAACAAAAUUAGCGAGAGUAUCUGAAAAUUCGAGAAGGAAGAGCAACAAACAACAUGAAUCUUCCCCUCUUCUUGAUUUUUCUUUUUAUGCCUUUGGUUUCGGCCGCUUUGGGUUCGCAUCGCAAGCUUAAUCGUGCAUUAACGGGCCGUUCAAUUCCAGGACAGUACAUCAUCGAGUUAGACCCCAGCAUCCCGGAUGCAAAGGGUUUUGCAACCCGCAUCCUCAAACGAGCCUUCCGGAACAACCUUAUCGAGACCUACGACUACGCGUUGAAAGGAUUUGCUGUUAAGGAUCUCCCCGACAUGCUAGUGAACUUCAUGCUGAAUAUGGACGAUGUACUCUCGGUGUCAGAGGACGCCAUUGUCGAGGCUGACGCAGUGCAGAUAAAUCCGACAUGGGGCCUCGACAUCACGGACGGAGAAGAUGACAGCCUGUACACUUACGCGUAUACAGGGCAAGGCGUGAAUGCGUACAUUCUUGACACCGGAAUUCAAGCGAAUCAUCCUGAAUUCCAAGGCCGUGUAGAGAGUUGCGUCUCCUAUACCGGAGAAGUGUGUGGAUCUGAUUUGAAUGGGCACGGUACCCACGUGGCCGGAACUGUCGGGUCAAAAACCUACGGUGUGGCCAAGAAGGUGUCGCUGCACGAUGUCAAGGUACUUGACCGGCGGGGGAGUGGAUCCUUCAGCGGAGUUAUUGCUGGCAUCGACUACGUGGCCCAGAUCAAGAAGACAGAUCCCAGUCGCAAAACAGUCCUCAACAUGAGUCUGGGGGGAGGCCGUAGUACGGCCUUGAACAACGCACUCGAUUCUGCAGCGGCUUCCGGCGUGGUAGUAGUUGUCGCUGCCGGAAAUAGCAAUCACAAUGCCUGUAAUUACUCUCCUGCGUCUGCGUCGGGAGCGCUGGUAGUUGGUUCUAUUGAUAGCAACAACCGCCGUUCGAGUUGGUCCAACUGGGGUAGUUGUGUCGACAUCUUUGCAGCUGGAUCCGGGAUCCUGUCGCUGUCGCGAACCGGUGGCGUAACCACAAAGUCGGGUACGUCCAUGGCUGCUCCACACGUGGCCGGUGUUGCAGCAUUGUACUUGCAAGCGGGUAGAAAUCCCAAUACUAUAACUUCCGAUGCUUUGAAGAACCGGGUGACCCGUACUCGAGGUUCCCACAACAAACUAUUGAGUACAUCUGCACUACCUUCUGAACAAACGCCAUCUCGGGCGCCCACCCAUGUCCCAACUGUUGAGUCCGUGCCUCUGGAAGAUUCAGAUUCGUUGGCUCCGACCAAGGCUCCCGUUUCUUCCCCCACCAAAGCUCCAGUGCCACAACCUACUCUCAUUCCAACCAGGAAACCUUCUCGCGCUCCAACCAAAAAACCUACUCGCGCUCCAACCAAAGCUCCAGUCCCUCGGCCGCCACCUCAGUGUCGGUCUAGAGGUCAAGUUUGCAAUCGAUUUCGGCGAUGUUGUAGAGGGUUGAGAUGCUUUCAAACCUGGUCACCUCGGCAAGGACGUCGCUUGGCUUGUCGCUAA